UUAUACUUUUUUUAAAGGAUAUAAUUUUAAACGAAAUAUCACAAGAAAUACCAAAGAAAACGCCAAAGAAAUUGUUUUAUAAAAGAAGAUUAAUGAAAUAAAUUCAUUAAAAAAUAUAAAACCAACACAUUGAUUAAUAUAAAAAACAUGAAUCAACAGCAAUCAGUACAAAACCAAGAAUUCAUUUCUCUUGCUGAAAAAAUGAGGCCUGUAUGCUUUCACGAUUAUAUAGGACAAGAAAAAGUUGUUGGAUCUAAUACAAUAUUACAACAAUUAUUAACAAAAGGUCAUAUUCCUAGUAUGAUAUUUUGGGGUCCACCAGGAUGUGGAAAAACAUCUUUAACUAAUAUUAUAUCAAAACUAAGCAAAGAAAUGCAUGGAGAGAAAGUAAAUAUCAUAAAUCUUUCUGCAACAUCUUCUGGUGUGAGUAACAUCAAAAACAUUAUUCGUACGACAAAAUCCGAAUCAAAAUUCAAUCAAAUUAUUGUAUUAAUGGAUAAAAUACAUCGUUUUAAUAAACUCCAACAAGAUAUUUUUUUACCACAUGUUGAAACAGGCAUAUUUACUUUAAUUGGCACAACUACAGAGAAUCCAUCUUAUAGUUUGAAUUCUUCUUUACUAAGUAGAUGCCGUAUAUUUGCUUUAAAUAAAUUAACAAUGUUAAAUAUUGUAGAAAUUCUUUGUAAAGCAAUUUUAUCAAUUAAUGGAGAAAUAUAUAAUUUUCCUCUCAAAAAUUUGUCAACUAAUUUAGAAAAUAAUUUAAAUUUUAAUUCUAAACCACAUUUUUCUAUUAAUAAGAUAGCUAUUGACUGGUUAGCAGAAGUAUGUGAUGGAGAUGCUCGUGUUGCAUUGAAUGGUUUAGAAUUGGCUAUUAAAAUUAAAAUAUCAAAUAGACUAGAUUCUAAUUUUGUUUCAAUAACUUUAGAAGAUGUUAAAGAAAGUCUUAAACAAGCACAUAUGUUAUCUGAUAAAGAAAGUAACAAUAUACAUCAUUUAUAUUCUGCUUUACAUAAAUCAAUAAAAGCUGGUAAGGAAAAUGCAUCUUUAUAUUGGUUAGCACGAAUUAUGGAAGUUAAAGAAGAUCCUGUAGAUAUUGCAAGAAGAUUAAUAAGAAUAUCAAGUGAAGAUGUUGGUUUAGCAGAUUUAGAUGCUCUAGGCAUAGCUAUUCAUACUCUGCAUGGAUGUGAAAUGAUUGGAAUGCCAGAAUGCGAUGUGAUUUUAACUCAAUGUGUUGUAUAUUUGACUAGAGCACCAAAAUCUCAACUUGUAUAUAAUGCAUUAAAACGCGCUGAAAAUAUUAUUAUGAAUCAUAAAGGCCCACAGCCUGCAGUACCAUUACAUAUUAGAGAUAGAUCAGGACAAGAAAAAAUUCAUGCUACUUUUGGAUUUCAUAAAGAAAAUAUGUUAACCAAAGAGGAAAACGUUGAAAAUCACUUACCACUUGGCUUACUGCAUGUUAAUUUUUUUUCAGAAGACUUCUAAAUCUUUCUUUCUUCUAAAACAAAUUUGGAGUAUACAAUUUUACUUUAUAUAUUUUAACAAAUAAAAUAAUCAAACACUACACAAGUCUCAUUUAUAACUUAGAAUAUAUCACUUAGAAAAUCACAAAAUUGAUACUUUUGCUAUAAUUUGAACAACAAUUAACAAUAAUCAACAAUUAAACU